AUGGCAUUCAGCUUUGGUGGACAGGGCUCUGAUGGAGCUUCUAAACCUAGCAUUUUCGGCUCCAAUGGCAGUGCCUUCGGUUCGAACAAUCAGACUGGCUCAAACACUGCGUCAGGUGGAGGAGGACUUUUCGGCAAUGUAGGCGCGCCCGCCGCUGGAAGCACGACACCUUCGAUCUUUGGCGCAGCGUCUUCAGGCACUCAGAGCCCUUCGAUCUUCGGUACUGCCGGUAAGACUGCUGCUGCCACUCCUCCCGCAACCUCGUCUGGUUUCUCUUUCGGCGCUGCAAACCCGACCACCAGCACGACCACCCCAGGACAGCCAGCCACGAGUGGAUUAUUUGGCGGCGCCGGGGCUGCGAAGUCCUCGAGCAAUUUGUUCGGGGCUGGAGCUGGCUCUUCCGCUACGGCAACCCCCUCCGGUGGCUCUUUGUUCGGCAAUAACUCAACUACCCCCGCUGGGCCACCGCCAGGAUCAAAGGCACCUUCUCUGUUCGGAGCUUUGAACACCGGUUCUUCUGCCACUCCAUCCUCGACUCCCGCAACAUCAUCUACGACGCCGGCUGUUGCGCAAACACAAUCAUCCGGUUUGUUUGGAGGGGCCACCUCUGGCGCAGCGAAGCCUCCAGCAUUCACUGCGCCCUCGUCCGGUGGUGGUCUGUUUGGCAACAACAGCAAGCCGGCUGAAUCUGCCACCCAGAACACCGCCGCAGCGCCGGCGUCUAAGCCAUUGUUUGGAGCCGCGCCUGCAGCAACCUCUACAGGCGGAGACUCAACACCCAAGCCCGCGUUUUCUUUGGGAGGAGCCCCGUCCGUCACCGGUAAUGCUACUUCCCAGCCUGCGUCUAAUCUUGGUGGAGCCGCUUCUACUGGAGGUGAGGCUCGUAAACCCACCUUCUCCCUCGGAGGAGCGACCACAGCGCCACCAUCCAACACAGCAUCCACUGCCACUCCUCAAAAGUCUCUCUUCCCAGGACUCGGAGCCACCUCGUCCGCGGGUGCUGGCCCUACUACCACCAGUGCUUCCACCGGAAGCUCCAUGUUCUCUGCCUUGGGUGGUGCUAAAACCACGGCAACUGCCACUCCUGGGACCACAGCCACAUCUACCACUCCUACUGCUACUCCCGCCGCUGGAUCGAGUCUUUUUUCCAAGCCCGCUGGAGAUCAGUCCUCAUCGCAAGCCCCUGCUGCCAACGCCUCCAAAGAUAAACCUGCCUUUGGGGUCGCUCCCGCCGGUGCCGCUAGCACUGGCGCCGCUGCUCUCGGCCAAUCUACUGCUGGGCCCGCUCCCCCGGCCCAGUCUCGUCUGAAGAACAAAACCAUGGAUGAGAUCAUCACUCGUUGGGCGACCGAUCUCACAAAGUACCAAAAGGAUUUCCGCGAGCAGGCUGAGAAAGUCGCCGAAUGGGAUCGCAUGCUUGUGGAGAAUGGAACCAAGGUGCAGAAGCUCUAUGGUAACACGGUUGAUGCAGAGCGUGCUACCCAGGAGGUGGAACGCCAAUUGUCCUCCGUCGAGGCCCAGCAGGAUGAGUUGAGCUCAUGGCUUGAUCGAUAUGAAAGGGAGGUCGACGAGAUGGUCUCGAAGCAGGUCACACCUGGCGAACAGGGCCCUGAUCAAGAACGUGAAAAAACAUACAAACUCGCUGAGAAGCUCUCUGAUCGUCUGGACGAGAUGGGUAAAGAUCUCACCAGUAUGAUCGAAGAGGUCAACGGGGCUUCUGCAACGAUCAGCAAGACGAAUCGGGCCGACGAACCAAUUUCCCAAAUUGUUCGCAUUCUCAACUCGCACCUGUCGCAGCUGCAGGUCAUUGAUCAGGGGACCUCAGAGCUGCAGGCCAAGGUUGCAGCUGCUCAGAAGGCCGGCCAGUCCAUCUCCUCGCGCCUCGGGUAUGGGUUUGCCAGCCCUGCUAUGGGCGGUGGUGGUAGUGCCGCUGAUGAUUUCUAUCGGUCGUAUAUGGGUAGACGGUAG